CACAACACAUAUCCGUAUUGAGCAUUUCGUUAAUUGAGCUGUGACCGCAAAGAUCGCGAAAUGUAUCGCAGCAAAUCGAAAGUGUAUAUUGUAGUCCUUGUGGCCGCAUUGGCCAUUAUCGGCCCUGGUGAAGCGGGCACACACAGUCUGCCGCCACUGGAUAGUGUGAAUCCUUCAGCGCAUUUCUUGGAUGGCCGAAUCUCUAGUAAUGGCGCACCGAGAGCUGUGCUCGAUUAUCGGCUACCAAACGCUACUGAACCCGUGCACUACGAUGUCGAAUUGACGACAAGUGUACAUAAUGGCACGAAGAGUUUCCAAGGCACAGUUAACAUCGUUAUCAAAGUGGUGGAAGACACAAAGGCUAUCGUUUUGCAUAAACGACAAAUAGACAUUCUCAAAGCGACUAUUCUAAAUACCGAUGUUGCCAGUGCUGUUGCGCAACCUUUAAAUGUUGCUUUUGAAGAUGAACGUGAAUUCCUGACUCUGACGCCAGCCAAUCAAAAUGUCGUAUUCAACAAAGGCAGCAAUUGGAAUUUGACCAUUAGCUAUGCGGGAGAAUUGCGUACGGAUAAUGGUGGAUUCUACCUAUCGACCUAUACUGAUAUCUUGGGCAAGGAACGCUAUUUGGCAACCACACAAUUCGAGUCGACCGAUGCACGUCACGCGUUCCCUUGCUACGAUGAGCCAGCCAAACGUGCCACUUUCAGCAUCGUCCUUAAUCAUGAUCCUUCUUAUAAUGCCAUAUCCAACAUGCCAUUGGACGAAAAACUCAGCAAGCCUGGCUAUUCCGUUUUCGAAAAAACUGUGAUUAUGCCGUCUUAUUUGGUUGCGUUUAUUGUGUCCGAUUUUGAGUAUACCGAAGGUGUCUUGAAUGCGCGUCCCCAACGCAUCUACACACGUCCCGGCACUGUGCAGGAUCAAGAGUUCGCUUUAGUUUCCGGUUUAUUGUUGUUACAUCGCCUUGAGGAAUACUACAAUGUGCGUUUCACUCUACCGAAAAUCUACCAGGUUGGUGUACCAGAUUUUGCUGCUGGCGCUAUGGAAAACUGGGGUUUGGCUACAUAUCGUGAAGCCUAUAUGCUAUACAAUGCCAAUUCUACGACGAAUACACAAACAAAUAUCGCUACGAUUGUUGCACACGAAUACUGUCAUCAAUGGUUUGGCAAUUUGGUAGCCAUCAAGUGGUGGACAUACCUUUGGCUAAAAGAAGGUUUUGCCACAUUGUUCUCCUGGCAGGCUACAGAUGCGGCUUAUCCCGAAUGGGACGUAUAUCAAAUGUUCCUUACUGACGACUAUCAACGUGCACUCACUGCUGAUGGCACCGGUCAAAUGAAUCCAAUGACUCAUUAUGUACAAACUCCUGCGGAAAUCUCACGCCGUUACGAUUCCAUUUCAUAUUCGAAAGCUGGCUCCGUAUUAUACAUGUGGCAGUGCGCGCUGCCUAAUGAAGUCUUCCGCCAAGGCUUGAAUCUCUAUUUGACUUCAAACCAAUUUAGUGCCGCUGAAGAGGGACAACUUUUCGAAGCCCUCGCCACCGCAGCCGGUGCAAAUAAUGUACCACUUCCUGCCACUAUGCAGAAUAUGUUCUCAAGUUGGUCUCGUCAAUCCGGCUAUCCUUUGUUGACCAUUAAACGUAAUUACAACGGCAAAUCGUUCACCGUACAGCAGGAAGCCUUCUUCGACAAUGCAGGCAGCACAUCGAGCAAUACUUGGUACAUUCCCUUGAAUUAUGCGCACAAAGCAAGUCCGGAUCAUCGCAACACCACCGCUUCACAUUAUUUAUUGAAUGUCAAAGAGAUCGAAAUCAAGGAUAGCGCCUUGGCAGCUGACGACUGGUUGUUAAUCAACAAACAAUCCACCGGUUUUUAUCGUGUCAAUUAUGAUGAACAAAACUGGAAACUACUUACUGAAGCGCUAAGGACACAGACAUACAAAUUCCAUCCACGUAAUCGCGCACAACUGAUUUUUGACGCCUACAAAUUCAGUUCGACUGGCCGCCUUAGCCAGGAUAUCUUCUUGGAUUUACUGCAAUAUCUACCGAAUGAAGAUCAAUAUGCGCCAUGGACGUCAGCCUACUCCGUGUUCCUUAAUUUCGAUAAAUAUCUGAAUGGCGAUAAAGAUUAUAAAAAUUUCCAAUUAUUUAUUGGUGAAUUGGUCUCCAAUAUCUAUAAUAAAUUGGGUGUCAAUGACGUAAGUGGUGAACAACAUCUAACCAAAUUUACACGUAAUAUCGCCAUUAAUCUGGCCUGUAUGGCUGGCAUUGAAAGCUGUCUUCAAGAGACCAACAACAAAUUGAAAGCACUCAUCGAGAAUGGUGUACCAAUUGAACCAAAUCUACAACGUCAAAUCUAUUGUAAUGGUCUAAUGCAAUCUGGCGAUACUGAAUUCGAUUUUGUCUAUAAUGAAUUAAUGGCAUCCGAUGAUCAGGCCUUACGUCGUACGCUUGUCUCAUCGUUGGGUUGCUCGCGAACCGAGUCUCAAUUGAAAAAAUUCGUAUACAGCUCUAUUGAUGAAUCCGCCGAAUGGCGUGUACAGGAGCGCAUCACUCUGCUUAGUGCGGCAUAUUCAGGCAGCAGCGUUGGUCUUAAUGUAUGCAUUGAUUUCCUCAGCGAAAAAUGGGAGGAAUACAGCAAUUUGACACCCGGUUUCGGUGGUGAGAAUCCACUUAAUGAAGCGAUGGUGGGUAUGGCCGCUUAUGUGGUCAAUAAGGAACAGGAAGCCAAAUAUUUAGCGCUGGUGGAUCAAGUUAAGGGCAGCGAUAAGGUACAAGCAAAUUUGGAAACAGUCGCCAAGGCGCGCAUUCAGCAGAAUUUUGACUGGUUGAACAGCAAUCGUGAACCGAUCAUGUCGUGGGUCAAUGCAAAUGCUGUCAAAGCUGGCAGCGCGACACUCAGCGCUUCAUUGGCUACACUCUUCACAGCCUUAAUGGUUGUGUUGGCGCGUUAUUUUUAAAACGUUAGUUUAAUAAGUGCAAAUAGGUACAUUUGUACAUGAUUGGCGACUCUUUAAGCAGAAUUUGUAUAAUUUCAAUUAGUUUGUAAAUAUAUGAUAUUAAAAAAAUAAAAAUAAAAUCAAAUAUAAACUUUUACACAAAA